GCGGGGUCACAGGGCUCGGGAACCAGCCCAGGAGCUGCGGGAGAAGGGCAGAGAGAGACCGGCGGCCCUGCAGCGAUCAGGGGCAGAGGGCUGCGCAGCGGGCGGUGCCAGGGAGAAGCGCCAGUACCGCCCCGCUAGCUGCACCCUGAAGAGCUGAAGCCACCCGGGCGCAGCUCCAGCUGCAUCAACAUGUCUCGUAUUGCUGCCCCACGGGCCGCGGGAGGGAGCCGAGAGGCCGGGCUGGGGCCGAAGCCGGACAGGGACAGAUCUUCGGGCGCUGGCAGCCUAAGGGAGUCUGGCCCUUUAAGGCGCUCUGGUGCGGCUCUCCCUUUAAGAGCCGGCCCCGCCCCCCACACCGUGAGCCUGGUGAGCUCCGGUAGUGCCAGGUGCAGGCCCGGCGGCCUUUGGCUUCCUCCCUGACUGGCGCCAUGGCCAUGAGGGAGCUGGUGGAACCAGAAUGUGGGGGCUCCAACCCGCUCAUGAAACUGGCCGGCCACUUCACCCAGGACAAAGCCUUGCGGCAGGAAGGACUUCAGGGCCCGGUGGCCUGGCCCCCUGGGGCUCCGGGACCUGCAGCUGUAUCCAAACCACUGGGAGCAGCCACUGAAGAUGAGCUGGUUGGAGAGUUCCUGCAAGAGCAGAAUGCACCUUUACUGUCCCAUGCACCCCAGACAUUUAAGAUGGAUGACCUGUUGGCUGAGAUGCAAGAGAUUGAACAGUCGAGCUUCCGACAGGCCCCUCAGCGAGCUCCAGGUGUGGCAGCCCUGGCACUGUCUGAAAACUGGACCCAGGAGUUCUUGGCUGCAGCAGAUAGUGCUGGUGAUGUCUCUUCAGAUUACAAUGAGGCUGACUGGUCACAGGAGUUCAUUGCUGAAGUGACAGAUCCACUGUCUGUGUCUCCUGCCAAGUGGGCAGAAGAAUACCUAGAGCAGUCAGAGGAGAAACUGUGGCUUGGCGACUUAGAAGACCAGUCUUUGGCAAAUAAAUGGUAUGAGGAAUAUCAACCUGAGGAUGAUCUUAAGAAAACUGUUAGUGAUUUCCUCUCUAAAGUGGAUGAUCCAAAACUUAAGAAUUCUGAGUUCCUAAAGUUUGUCUGCCAGAUCGGAGAUGGGAGGGUAUCGAUUGAAGCUAAUCAGGUGACCCACAGAGACCAAGAUCAGGCAGAGCAAUGGGCAGCUGAGUUUAUACAGCAGCAGGGGGCAUCCGAUGCCUGGGUGGAUCAGUUUGCACGAUCUGGGAACAUGUCAACUCUUGAUACGGAAUUUGAGCAGGCAAAGACUGCUGUGGAGUCAGAUGUGGACUUCUGGGACAAACUGCAGGCAGAGUGGGAGGAGAUGGCCAAGAGGGAUGCAGAGGCUCACCCCUGGCUCUCUGAUUAUGAAGACCUCAGCUCCUCAUCAUAUGACAAGGGUUACCAGUUUGAGGAAGAUAAUCCCAUGAGAGAUCACCCAGAUGCAUUUGAAGAGGGGCGGAAGUGCUUGCAGGAAGGUGACCUCCCCAAUGCUGUCUUGCUCUUCGAAGCUGCAGUGCAACAGAAGCCGGAUCAUAUGGAGGCCUGGCAAUAUUUGGGAACCACCCAAGCAGAGAAUGAACAGGAGCUUUUGGCAAUCAGUGCCCUUAGACGGUGCUUGGAACUGCAGCCUGGGAACUUGACAGCACUUAUGGCUUUAGCGGUCAGCUUCACUAACGAGUCCUUGCAGAAGCAGGCGUGUGAGACCCUGCGGGACUGGUUACGCCAUAAACCAGACUAUGCCCACCUGCUGGAGAAGGAACCGGAGGAGAGUGUCUCGGGAGCAAACCUGGGGCCUUCCAAGCGUGCCCUAGGUUCCUUGCUGUCUGACUCGCUGUUCAUGGAGGUAAAAGAGCUUUUCUUAGCAGCCGUGCGCAGCAAUGCCUCGACUGUGGAUCCUGAUGUUCAGUGUGGCCUGGGUGUCCUUUUCAACCUUAGUGGCGAGUACGAGAAGGCUGUGGAUUGCUUCAGUGCUGCGCUCAGUGUGCGCCCCAAUGACCAUCUUUUAUGGAACAAGCUUGGUGCCACCCUGGCCAAUGGGAAUCGGAGUGAAGAAGCUGUGGCUGCAUAUCGGCGGGCACUGGAGCUCCAGCCAGGAUAUAUCCGCUCUCGCUACAACUUGGGCAUCAGUUGCAUCAACUUAGGCGCUCACCGUGAGGCUGUGGAGCACUUCUUAGAGGCUUUGCACAUGCAGCAGAAGAGCAGAGGUCCACGGGGGCAGCAAGGCGCUAUGUCUGACAACAUCUGGAGCACCCUCCGCAUGGCCCUCUCUAUGCUGGGGCAGAGUGACUUGUAUGGGGCAGCUGAUGCCCAUGAUCUUCCCACACUGCUUCAGGCAUUUGGCCUCCAGCAGUGAUUCUGGGAUGGGCUUCCCUGUGAGUGCAGGGUUGGCUCAGCCCAGCAGCAAACUUCCUUAGAGAGAAAGUGUUCACUAGGGUUCACACAUAUCUCCGCUGUGGUAGGGACGAUCAUUGGAAACAGUUUUUCAAGGACCUCCACUAAGUGUGCAACUUCCCCUACCUGUCUGUUGUGGCCUGAGCGUCUCUGAGCGGUUCGUGUUACUUCCAUGGCUGACCGACAGACACUCUGCUGGUAGGCAGAUGAUCAAAGUGGAGAAGACAGCACCAUCCAGCCCUUCUGCCAGGCUGCAUUUGCAGUAAUGCCCAGCUUGACUAUGAGACCUUUUGGUAACCAUUCUGCAGGGAUUACCUGCUGGAAGCCUCUUGAGUGAAGGUUGCUUUGGUGGGGUGGGAUUGCCAUUUGGUGCAAGGGUGGAAAAUUCUGAGUUUUGAGCAUGCUUCCCCCAUGUAUGUGCUUGCAUGUGUGUAUAUGUGGGUUGCCAGGGAAAACUGGGGUCAGCAGUCCCUUUUUCUGGGUACUAGUAACUUCACGGUACAGCCAGAUGCUAGUUUCUCAGUGUCUCUUAAUGAACCUUCAGAGAGUAGAGUAUUGUGCUAGGGACACAGGUGGAGGCCCUUAGCUUGUCAGAAUAGGAGCAUAUCCCAGAAUUAAUUCCUGAGGGAAUGCGAUAGGAAUAAAAGUCUAAAAUGUAACCUCCCCUCCCAGAAUACAGUGGGGAAGGGGUGAAGUCUUAAUUUUCACUUGAUAAUCUCUUAUUGUUUUUCCUUCGUGCAGAAGUUUCCAUCUUGUCUGCAACUGGAUCUUGUUAAUUAUAAAUAUCUGUAUAUGAUUCUAUUGGGGAAAAUGUUUUUUAAUUGUAAAGUAUUUUGUAUAAUAAAGGGGGAGAAUUAAAAUUGCCAAAA